AUGGACCACACGCGGCUGCCCGCCAUGAGUGCUAGGAUGCUGGUGCUGGCGGCGGUGGUGGGCUCCCUUUGGAAUCUCGUGGGCUCCUUCGCGUUCGUGACUCCUGUCAAGACCAAGACACGACUUCAACUGCGCAGCCUUGCCGGCGGCACGACGUUCGUUCAGCCCGCCGACCAGAGCAGGGUGCGCACCGCCGGCGUCGGCUGGGCGCGAUCGCCGAUCGUGAGGCCGCCGGUCAUCAGACUCUCCUCCUCGUCCAGCGGUGACGGCAACGACGGCAAGGAAGCGGCGGGGGGAGGGGGCCCGGACGCCCUCCAACGGGAAAUUGACAGCAUACGGGAGGCGCGAAUGACCGCCGGCCAGAUCAAGGUGGAGCUCGACGCGCUAGGGGUCAGCUACGUGGGCCUGCUGGAGAAGGCGGAGUACGUGCUUGCGCUGGCAGAGGCUCGGGUUUCCGGUGGUGGCGGAGGCGGUGGGCAGACAGGGCCAGCAGAAACAGGCGAUGGUGCCGCCGGGGAGGCAUCGUCAGCGAGCGGUGAGGUCGACACCGACGCGGCCGCGGCUGCGGCCGACGGCCCGGAGGCCGGACAACCGCCGUCUGCGACGGAGGCCGGAGAGUCCAUGCCCGCGGCCGACGACGCUGUGGCCGAGGCGAAGGCGAGGCUCGAAGAGGACGCAAAAGCCGCCGCCGCCGCGGCGAGAGCCACCGAGGCUCAAGCCGAACAGGCAAGGGCCGAAGAAGAGGCGAGACGAGAGGCGGAAGAGCUUAAGGCUCGCCAGGAGGCGGAGGAGGAAGCAGCCGCCAGGGUCGCCGCCGAGGAGGAGAAGGCUGCUGCUGAGCUGAAGGAGAAGCUGGAGGCGGAGGCGGCGGCCGCCCAAGCCGCCGCCGAGCGCGAAGAGGCGCUGCGCAUCGAACAAGAGAAGGAGGAGGCCGCCAGGAUAGCUGCCGAAGCCCAGGCCCAGGCAGACACGGAGGCCGAACUUGCCGCUGAACAGGCGGCCGCCAAGAUGAAGGCCGAGGAGGAAGAGGAGCCAGCUGGCCAGGAAGAGGAGACUCCGGAGCCGAGCGCAGAGGGGGAGAAGGAAGAGGAGAAGGGGGGAGAGGUGGCGGGAGAGGAGGUUUCCAUGGACCCGUCCGGAGCACCGAAUGCCGCAGAGGAGAAGGAGGAUGAGGUUGAGGAAGUAGUCUCACCACCCCCUGAGGACAAGGAAGCGCCGCCGCCGACUCCUUCGGAAACGGAUGAGGCAAGCGCACGGGCGUCCGAGACCCCUUCACCGGACACGGCCGAGACCGCGGCGGUAGCUCAAGACACCGCCCCACCGCCGGCGGACGAGACGGCAGACACGCCGACGGAGCCCGGGACUCCUGCUCCGGAGACCACCGAAGCCGCGACGCCAGCUCCCGAGGGCGACGCCGCCGCCGCCGCCACGCCUCCUCAAGUCGACGAAGUCAAUGGCGGCGACGCAACGGACCCGCCUUCUGAGGACGACGCAGGCUCUGAGACCGACGCCGCUCCUGCUGCUGGUGAUGACGAUGACGCCGAGGAGCAAGCCUCUGGGGGGGGCGGCGGCGUGGACGCGCAGGCGGCCAAGAUCAGGGAGGCUCGCAUGACCGCGGGGCAGAUAAAGGCGGAGCUGGACGCCCUGGGCGUGGGCUACGUGGGCCUGUUGGAGAAGUCGGAGUUCGUGAUGAAGCUCGCGGAGGCGAGGGUAGACGGGGGAGGGAAGGCGGCAUUGGAAGGGGAGAGUAGUGAUGCGGUGGAAGAGGAGGAAGAACAAGGUUCGGCCGAGGAGGCGGAAGACGAGAAGAAGGAGAAGGAGGAGAAGGAGGAGGAGGAGGAGGAGGAGGAGGCAGCGUCGUCUGCCGGAGAAGACGCCGCCGAUGAGGUUUCCGCGAUGCGCGUCUCCGCGAUAAAGAAGGAGCUCGACGAGCGAGGGGUCGGAUACCGAGGGCUCUUCGAGAAGUCGGAAUUCGUUGACCUCCUGGUCGACGCUAGGGCCAAGGGGAUCACCGCACCUCCGCCAUCAUCGUCCGGCGACACCGAUGGUGGUGCUGGGAGCGGGGGGGGGGCAUCCGCCCAGGCACAAGACAAGGCCGACGCCGCCUACAAGGACGUCGAGGUGAAGAAGAUGAACAGCGACCCCUCCGGCGGCAGCGGCGGCGGCGGCAGCGGCCAACAACAGCAGCAGCCCGGAGGCGGCGGUGGUAUGCCUGGGGGCAUGCCCGGCGGGAUGCCCGGCGGCGGGAUGCCCGGGGGGAUGCCCAACAUGGGCGGGGGCGGGGGCGGUGUCAACAUCAACGACAUCUUGAGCGGCCUCGGGGGUAUGGGCGGGGGCGGCGGCGGGGCCGCUGGCGGGGCGGGAGGGGGAGCCGGUGGCUUCGACAUCGGCAGCAUUCUUGGCGCGAUGGGAGGAGCAGGCGGUGCGGCGGGGGGCGGUGCGCCAGGAGGAGGGGGGGGCGGAGGGAUGGGAGGCAUGGGUGACAUGAUCGGGAAGAUGAUGAACAACCCGAAGGCCAUGGAGGCGUUCCAGAAGGCGCAGAGCAAUCCAAAGGUCAUGGCCGCCAUCCAAGACGUUACCCAGAACGGCAUGAGCGCCAUGUCCAAGUACCAGGACGACCCCGAGAUCUUGGCGAUCAUCGAGGAGCUCAAGGGCUUGUUCUGAGAGACAAAGGGUAGGGGGGGCAAGAUUGCCACACCACCGCAGGCUAACAGCAGCUUAGUACCACCAUCGAUGACAACGUAGUCUCGGAACCCUGGCACCGACAAAGGGCACAUGCACGCCGUCGAGUGAGAGUAGACAAGCUCUCUCCCGCUGCUGCUGCUGCUGCUGCUGCCGCUGUUGCAGCUGAGACUACGUGGCUGCAGCAGCGGUUGUCGAAGUCGUACGUAACACGACAACAAGAGGAGAAUAACUCGGCUCCCGACAAGCAGCGGUACAACAGGAGCCGCACGUAGCAGUAGUGAUUGCGUUCGCAUGUGUGUAGACUUUAACGUCUUGCGUACGAACGCGUUCGUGGUAUCAUGUACGGUGGUUUGGAUUGGACGGCGCCGAGUUCGCAAUCGGUAUUGUGCAUUUGUAGGCUGAGACGAGCCCUGCCCAUACGAGGCUUUCGUGCUUCGACACACUGCCAUCUGAUGAUGCUUGUUCUUCUUGGUUCCUAUUUAGCCGGUGCGGGUGUGUAGCAAAGUGCGUUUCGUUCGUUGUGCGGUAGAGGUGCCUGAGAGUAUGGAACUCUAGAACCCUAGUAGUUAG